AUGGAUGCUGGAGGCGGCGCUGAAGUGCCUAGCUUCCUGCAGUCACUGUUUGCAGGCGCGGCAGCAGGCACUUCCGUAGACUUGCUCUUUUUUCCAAUUGACACAGUCAAAACACGACUGCAAUCUUCUCAAGGAUUUCUGGCAGCCGGUGGAUUUAGGGGGGUCUAUCGUGGGAUUGGGAGUGUCAUCGUUGGGAGUGCACCGGGAGCUGCCGCGUUCUUCACAACAUAUGAUUAUUUAAAACACAAUCUUCCUUCCCCUAUCUCACAUCCUUCUCCUCUGGCUCAUGUUUUUUCCGCCUCGAUGGGUGAAUGCGCUGCGUGUCUUGUCCGUGUCCCGACAGAGGUUGUCAAGUCAAGAACGCAAACUUCUACAUACGGCGUCGCAGCGUCAUCAUUUGAUACGUUCAGGAAUGUGAUGCGUGCCGAUGGAGUCGCUGGCCUAUACCGUGGUUUUGGAAUCACCAUUAUGCGGGAGGCUCGUUCCAUUCCUUUCACAUCACUGCAAUUCCCGCUUUACGAAUACCUAAAGCGCUCGUUAAGAGAGCGCUUGCCCGGUAAGCGAGUGCUUCAUGCUUACGAAGCAUCCCUUUGCGGAUCCGUUGCUGGGGGUGUUGCUGCUGCUCUCACCACACCACUGGAUGUCCUCAAAACCCGCGUCAUGCUUGACAUGAGGGCAGACAGGAGCGGAAUUCCUUCAAUCACCCACAGAUUCCGGAGUAUUUAUCGUGUUGAAGGUGUGGGCGCGCUCUUCGCCGGAAUCAUACCUCGCACAUUUUGGAUAUCUGCUGGUGGAGCAGUAUUUUUGGGCGUGUAUGAGCUUGCGGUAUCCUCGAAGCUCGCGAGGGGGUUAUAA